AUGUCGGCUACUCAACCCAUCGCCGUCAACACCCCCGAGAACCCCUCCUCUGAGGGCGACUCCAAGGGCCCAACUGCCAACGCUACCCAGGCCUCCAUCGCCACGAACGAAGAUGCCGCCGUUAGCCAGGGUAUUCACACCCUCGAGGUCAAGUCUGUUCAUUGGUACAGCUACCUGACCACUCUCGACUUCUGGAUUGUCCUCGCGCUGGGCCAAGUUCUUGCGCUGUGCAUCACGGCCACCAACACCUUCACCAGCUUCCUCGCCAAUGCGGGUACCAACAUUCCCGCGUUCCAGACCGUCUUCAAUUACAUCUUGAUGUUCCUCAUCUACACGCCUAUUUUUCUGUGGAAGGAUGGUAUCAAGGGCUGGUGGCGUAUUGGAGUGAAGGAUGGGUGGAAGUACCUCAUCAUGGCGUUCUUGGACGUCGAGGGAAACUACUUUACUGUUCUGGCCUACCGAUACACGAACGUCUUGUCAGCGCAGCUCAUUAACUUUUGGGCUAUUGUCUGCGUUGUUGUCAUUUCGUUCUUCCUGCUCAAGGUUCGGUACAGAAUCUUUCAGAUCAUUGGUAUUGUAGUCUGCUGUGGUGGUAUGGGUAUUCUCAUUGCCAGUGACCACAUCAGCGGUACCAAUGGCGGCAGUGGUCUCGAUAUGGUCAAGGGUGAUUUGUUCGCUCUGCUCGGUGCUACUCUCUACGGUACUACUAACGUAUUCGAGGAGUGGCUCGUGUCCAGGGCUCAUUUGUACCACGUCCUGUCUUUCCUGGGCCUGUUUGGUAUGUGUAUCAACGGUGUCCAGGCUGCCAUCUUUGACCGAAACUCUUUCGAUAACGCAACCUGGAACGGUAAGGUUAUCGGUUGGAUCAUCGGUUACACUCUGUGCUUGAACAUCUUCUACAUCCUUGUACCCGUCAUGCUCCGCAUGGGAAGUGCGGCUUUCCUCAACAUCUCCUUGUUGACUGCCAACUUUUGGGGUGUCAUCAUUGGUAUUCGGGUCUUUGGCUACAAGAUUCACUUCCUGUACCCCAUUGCCUUUGUUCUUAUCAUCAUUGGUCAGCUCGUGUACUUUGUUACUGGUAGCAUGCUCAGUGAUUCCAAGAAGCCUUGGCUGGGUGAUAACCAAGAGGAUGGUGUUUUAGGUUUCGGAACUGCCAAGCUCAAGGCUCUCAACGCUGCGCGUAAGGCUCAGAUUGAGGCUGAGGCUGGACAGCGAGAUACCUACCACUAA